AUGAGCGUCACCACCACGGCGCCUACCCCGGCAAUUGUUGGUGCUCUUAUGUGCCAGAAAGACUCGUAUUUGCGAUCAUUGGAGACUACGGUGGUAUCCUGCGAGGAACACGUACCUGCUGCCACGAACCAGGGCGAUGGCAAAACAAAAACAAAGAAAUCCACGGAUCCAACCAAAGGCCUGACGGUGGGCGCCUCGAACGCUCCGAAAGUCUGGCACAUCGAAUUCGCAGACUCUGUUCUCUUCCCAGAGGGCGGUGGACAGCACACCGAUCAUGGAACGAUCACACCUCUGAACGAUGACUCAGAUAAAGAAGUGUCAAUAACAAAUAUACAGCGUCACGGUUUGCGGUGUGUACAUUUCUCACCAAGGCCUUUGAAACCGGGCACCACUGUGCGUCAGACUGUGGAUUUCGGGAGAAGAUGGGAUCUGAUGCAACAACAUACUGGCCAACACCUGCUCUCCGCAAUUAUGGACGGGAUGAACCUUGAAACUCUGGGUUGGAGUAUGGGCCAGCCUGGGGAGAUGAACUAUGUGGAGUUGCCGCGAAAACCUACCGACGAGGAGAUCAGAAUCAUCCAAAGAACCUGUAAUAAGAUUGUACGAGAGAACGUUUCCAUUACCGUGGAAACUCCAGAAGGGAGGGGGUCAUCUAGUCUCCCAGAAGACUAUGACAGCGACAAAGGUGUUGUCAGAUUCGUCAAAAUUGGAGACCUUGACUACAACGCGUGCUGUGGUACGCAUCUUCGCACAACAUCACACAUAGGCUUGAUUCUUCUCCAUCAUAUGCAAACGGUGCGAGGCACUAAUUGUCGCCUCUUCUUCUCCGCUGGAGAUCGAGCCAUCGAACUUGCCACCGAGUCAAUCAAUGGCCUCAGGUCGAUUGCUCUAUCCUUAUCCACAAGUGCUGCACCGAACGAUGUCGCAAUUGGCGUAAAGCGGCUAGGCGAUUCACUUUCAGAAUCGCGGAAGAAAGAGAAAAAGAUGUUAGCUGAGAUUAGCAAAUUCGAAAGCGCCCGUAUCACGACACAUUUCCAAAAACAUCAAAGUGCAUUCUUGCAUCGAGCUACAGAUGGUUUAGACUUCAUCAACUUGGUCGUCAUGGAAAUCAAAGAUGUUGCUAGCGAGCGCGGGGUUGCAGUACUGUGUUCAGGAGAAGCGAAGUCCUCUGGCUCGAUUGUUAUACUCGGCCAGCCAGAACUAGUACAGAACAUGUCGUCAAAGGUCAAAGAGGUUGUGAUCACAGCCAAAGGUGGCGGAAAGGGAGCAAAAUGGCAAGGUAAGGUUCUGGAGUGGCAUAAAGGUGAGAUAGAGGCCCUGAGGAUCGCGGUGGAGACACUGGGGAGUACAUAA